AUGGCUGAAAACCAAGAGAUUCAACGCUUGAGAAGAGAACUCGAAGAAGCGCUGAAUAGGGAGAGGGCUCUAAGAGAGUCCGAAGAGCAUUCCAGAGCUCAUAUUGAAUUGCUGCGGAAUAUUAUCAAUCGUCAUCACGACAUCUCUCGCUUUGUGGAAGCUCACUUGAACAAUCAAGAACAAGAGCUCUUGGACACUAUUCAUGGAGCCAACGAACUCCAGCAGCAAGUUGUGAGACUUGACGCGGAACUGGUCAUUUGUCGUCGUAAGAUUCAUUAG